AUGAAGUACUAAUAGACAAAAAUUGCUAUAAAAAAUGUGAAUUGGGCUCAUACUUUGAUUCUACUAAUAAGAACAAAUGUUCAACUUGUCCAGCUGAUAAAUAAUUAGUAAAAUCUGAUUUCACAGAUUGUGCAAAACAAAUGUUCAACUUGUCCAGCUGAUAAAUAAUUAGUAAAAUCUGAUUUCACAGAUUGUGCAAGUAGUUGUCUAGCAGAUGAAGUACUAAUAGACAAAAAUUGCUAUAAAAAAUGUGAAUUGGGCUCAUACUUCGAUUCUACAAAUAAGAACAAAUGCACAGCUUGUCCAGCUGAUAAAUAAUUAGUAAAAUCUGAUUUCACAGAUUGUGCAAGUAGUUGUCUAGCUGAUGAAGUACUAAUAGACAAAAAUUGCUAUAAAAAAUGUGAAUUGGGCUCAUACUUUGAUUCUACAAAUAAGAACAAAUGUUCAACUUGUCCAGCUGAUAAAUAAUUAGUAAAAUCUGAUUUCACAGAUUGUGCAAGUAGUUGUCUAGCUGAUGAAGUACUAAUAGACAAAAAUUGCUAUAAAAAAUGUGAAUUGGGCUCAUACUUUGAUUCUACUAAUAAGAACAAAUGUUCAACUUGUCCAGCUGAUAAAUAAUUAGUAAAAUCUGAUUUCACAGAUUGUGCAAGUAGUUGUCUAGCUGAUGAAGUACUAAUAGACAAAAAUUGCUAUAAAAAAUGUGAAUUGGGCUCAUACUUCGAUUCUACAAAUAAGAACAAAUGUACAACUUGUCCAGCUGAUAAAUAAUUAGUAAAAUCUGAUUUAACAGAUUGUGCAAGUAGUUGUCUAGCAGAUGAAGUACUAAUAGACAAAAAUUGCUAUAAAAAAUGUGAAUUGGGCUCAUACUUCGAUUCUACAAAUAAGAACAAAUGUUCAACUUGUCCAGCUGAUAAAUAAUUAGUAAAAUCUGAUUUCACAGGUUGUGCAAGUAGUUGUCUAGCAGAUGAAGUACUAAUAGACAAAAAUUGCUAUAAAAAAUGUGAAUUGGGCUCAUACUUCGAUUCUACAAAUAAGAACAAAUGUUCAACUUGUCCAGCUGAUAAAUCAUUAGUUAAAUCUGAUUUCACAGGUUGUGUAAGUAAUUGUCUAGCUGAUGAAGUACUAAUAGACAAAAAUUGCUAUAAAAAAUGUGAAUUGGGUUCAUACUUCGAUUCAACAAAUAAGAACUUAUGCACAGCUUGUCCAGCUGGUAAAUAAUUAGUAACAUCUGAUUUCACAGGUUGUGCAAGUAGUUGUCUAACCGAUGAAGUAUAAAUAGGUAAAAAUUGCUAUAAAAAAUGUGAAAUAGGCUCAUACUUUGAUUCUACAAAUAAGAACAAAUGUUCAACUUGUCCAGCUGAUAAAUAAUUAGUAAAAUCUGAUUUCACAGGUUGUGUAAGUAGUUGUUUAGCCGAUGAAGUACCAAUAGACAAAAACUGCUAUAAAAAAUGUGAAUUGGGCUUAUACUUCGAUUCUACAAAUAAAAACUAAUGUAAAACUUGUCCAGCUGAUAAAUAAUUAGUAAAAUCUGAUUUUACAGGUUGUGCAAGUAGUUGUUUAGCCGAUGAAGUAUAAAUAGGUAAAAAUUGCUAUAAAAAAUGUGAAUUAGCCUAAUACUUCGACUCUACAAAUAAAAACUAGUGUAAAACUUGUCCAGCUGAUAAAUAAUUAGUAAAAUCUGAUUUCACAGGUUGUGCAAGUAGUUGUCUAGCAGAUGAAGUACUAAUAGACAAAAAUUGCUAUAAAAAAUGUGAAUUGGGCUCAUACUUUGAUUCUACAAAUAAGAACUAAUGUAAAACUUGUCCAGCUGAUAAAUCUUUAGUAAAAUCUGAUUUUUAAGGCUGUGCUAGUAGUUGUUUAGCUGAUGAAGUAUAAAUAAACAAAAAUUGCUAUAAAAAAUGUGAUGACGGCUAAUAUUUUAAUUCUAAAGAUAAUAAUAAAUGCACAAUUUGUAAGCUUUUAAUAACUUCAGAUUUAUUAGAUUGUAAGUUAUAAUGUAGUUCUUAAGAAAUAUAAAUAGGUACCAUAUGCUAUAAAAAAUGUUAAUCAGGUUAUUAUUUAUAAUAAAAUAAAAUCUGUAAUAUUUGUAGUUAAAUAGUAAGCUCUGAUGGAUAAAAAUGUGUUAAAUAAUGCAAUAACGGAGAAAUUUUGAGCUUAGAUGGUAAAGCUUGCUUAUUAUAAUGUCCUUCUGACUAAUUCAUAGAUUAAUAAAGCUAAUAGUGUGUAACUAGCUGUUCAAAAUCUUUAGUCAUUAGUGUAGAUGGAAAGUCAUGCAUUCAAAAAUGUGAUGUAAGUUAAUAUUUAGAUCAAAAAACCAAUUAAUGCAAUGUAUGCGAUUAAUUAGUCAGCUCUGAUGGUUUAAGCUGUGUUAAAAAAUGUAAAUCUAACGAAACAAUUAGCUUAAAAACUAAAAAAUGCAUAGGUAAAUGUCCAAAUGGCUAAUAUUUAUCAUAAGAUGAAUCUGGUUGCACAAAUACUUGCUCGAAUUUCGUAUCAAGUAACGGAUUAUUAUGUGUUGAAACCUGCUAAAAAUAUGAGUAACAGGAAUAAGUAAAUAAUCAAAAUUUUUGCAAAGUAUGUAAAAAUUAUUUUGAAAUAGAUUAAAGCAGCACACCUAAUUAGGUUAAAUGCUUAAAUAAUUGUGGUUAAAAUCAAAUGAUAUAUAAAUUUACUGAUCAAUCAAAAGAUUAUAAAUAAUGUGUUGACAAAAAUUUUUGUUAGAGUAAAAAAUAGUCUUCAGAAUAUAAUAAUGUAUGCACAGAUAAAUGCUAAUAUCCUGACAUUGACAACUAAUCAUAGUAAUGCACUCUCAGUUGCAAACAAGGCACAUUUUAUUAAGCUGAAGAUAAUAGUUGUCAGUAAAAAUGCAAUCAAUAUGUAUCAUCUGAUUAAAAAUUAUGUAUAAAAUCAUGUUCUGAAAUAUUUGAAGUUUUAGAUAAUGACAACUAAUGCAAAAAAUGCUCAGAGAAUGAAUAACUGAUAAUUGUUAAUAAAUAACUAACAUGUAGAGUUAUUUAAAACUCCUCAGCAGAAGAUUUAAGUAAUUUCAAGUAAUCUAUUGUUGAAGUAAUUGGUAAUGGUGUUAAUACAGAUCAAGGUCUUUAGUAAGCUAAAAAACAAAUAAGUUCUUAUGUUUCAGCUACUAUAGAUAGCGUGAUAAAAGAAAUAUCUAAUAAAUCAGAAAUUUCUAGUUAAGAUAAGGCUUAAGUUAAAACAGCGAUUAAUGAAAUAUUCUCAAUACAUAAGUAGUUAGUUACUAAUGUUAAAAAUUUACCAAACGAACAAAGUAUUUCAACUGGUUCAUAGUAAUUAAAAGUUUCAGGUUAGGCUAGUAAGCCAGGCUAUAAGUUUAGUAAAACACUUAGUUCAUCAAACAUUUAAAGUGGAAAUUCUCAAUCUUUGUUAGAAGAAGACCCAAAUUCAACUGAUACAGAUUCAUCAUAAAUACUAUAAGUUGCCUUUGUUAGCACAAAUAUAUACUGCUAAAAUGGCAAUUGUAAAUCAAAUCAACCCCUUUAUUUACUGAAUUUGCAAGACCUUAAUUAAUCACUAUUAAGAGUACUUCAAUAAACUUAGAGUUUUAAUAUUAAUUUUGACAUAAAUCAAAACUUAGAUCCAAACAGAUAUGUCUGCUAAAGUUUUGACGAAUAAGGAAAUGUAUCAAAUAGCUCAGGCACUAUUAUUAAUAAUUAAAUAUAAUGUUAGAUUACUUCUAGUUCAUCAUUAUUUUAUGAUGAAAAUUGUUAAAUUGUUGAUGCAAAGCACUGUAAUUAAAGUGAAGAUGAUGAUGAUGGAUUAUCUGCAGCUUAAAUUGUUGGAAUAGCUGUAUCCUGUUUUGCCUUUGUGGGAUUAACCAGUGUGUGUAUUGUUUCAUAUAUCAGAUCAAAAUAUCCUGCUAAAUAACCUAUAAAAGUUGAGUAGAAUUAUAUGAUUACAGAAAAUGAUCUACUUACAUAAUAAAACCCAAAAUAAACAGAGUAACAAUCUCCAUAUAAAAAAGAUGAAAUUGUAUCUUUAAAUUAAGUGGUUAUUCAGUGA